AUGAUGCGAUCACGAGUUAAUAUGACCACCAUGUUAUUUGUACUGAUUUUAUCGCUCAUGGCCGCUUUCUGCUCUGCCAAGAACAACAAACAAUCAGACACCAAGGUAACUGCAUUCAUACUCAUGAUCACAACACAUUUUUUAUUACAGUUGAUGUUAAUUUACGGAGAAAACAAGAAAAAACUAGGUAUCUUGAGUUAAUUUAACAAAAUCACUGAGUCAGAAGGUUGAUUAAGAAAUGCUUAAAAUGCUUUAAAAAUUAAGAUGGUAUGAUUACUUGUGCAACCGAUCGGUAUAUAAGAGAAAGAACAUUUUCAAGUUUAAAACAAUUAAAAGUAACAUUAUUACCAAGUAAACGUGGUAAUACUAUAACAUGUCUUCUUUAAUAUAAGACGAAUUUCCGUAAUCAAAAUUUGCGCGUUCAUCUAAGAAACCCAAAUUCGCACGUCCUCAACUGGAUUAAAACGCUAGAUGACAGACAAUAUUGUCCAAAGCUACUAGCAUUUAGUCAUUAAAUUUCCUCUUUUUGCAGCCUGUUUCAUCUUGUCCAUCUUGCAACAAUGGUGGACAAACUGGGAUGUGGACAUACAUGACAUGUGUCCCAGGAGCCCCUGGGGCACCUGGUCGAGAUGGAGCCAAAGGAGAACUGGGCAGCCCGGGGAAAACUGGGACCCAAGGACCACGCGGUGCUGAUGGAAAGAAAGGAGCAAAGGGAGAGCCUGGGAUCCAGGGUUCCGCCGGACAAAAAGGAGAGCGAGGGGACAAAGGCGACAGUGUAACGCCCCGACUGGCUUCACACACGAACUGGAAGGAGUGUGCUUGGAAAAAAGCGGACGGCAAAGAUUCAGGACUGAUAUAUGUAAGCGAGCGAUAUCAUUGUGUAACCAGAAAAAAAAAUACUGUUAAAUUUCUCAAAACGAAGAAUUCAUCGAUAUAAUUGACUUUCAUUGCGCCAUAGAUGACAUAAGUCUUAUAUAUUUUAUUAUAAUUGUUUCUUCCAGAACUGUGACUUUUUGAAGAAAUACCCGGACACUUCCCUCCAUGUCUACUACGCUGGUAACUUCAGGGUUCACGGAUGUGACGACUGCUGCAGUCGCUGGUAUUUCACCUUCAAUGGAGCCGAGUGCAGCUCUCCUGGAACUAUUGACGGUGCAUUGUACUUGUACACAUUGGGCCAAAAGUUAAGUCCUCAGCAUCACCGUCACAUUGAAGGUCACUGUAAUAACAUUCAGAAAGGAAAGGUGCGAGUUGGAUUCUGGGUUGGAAAGUGCGUCACAGGCCAUAAGCUUUCUGACGCCUACACUGGUUGGCAUUCACUGAGUCGUAUCUUCGUUGAAGAAGUGCCAAAAGCCCAACAGUAA